UCCCUAUAAAACCUCCUUAUCCAUCCCUGUUUUAACCUUCUUUCGUUUCGCUCUACAUCUUAUCCUUUAGGCGUUUCUUUGUGCUUUUAUUCCCUCUCUCCGUCGUUUCUUUUGCGUUUCGUUUCGUUUCUUAAUAGCCAUCAGCUUCUCUUGCGUUUUUUGUUUCUCCUUGGAUAAUCGAUUUGUUCCAAAUUCAAUUUCUUUGUUUGAUUGAAGAGGUCUUGAUCUUGAUCCACAUCUCGGUUUACAAUCUCUUCCCUGUAGAUCUAUCUUAAAUCGAUUUAUUCCCUUUUUUAUUUGGGGAUCGGAUAAAUUAGGGUUUUGUGAAAAAAAAGUACCGAUGAUUUUAGAUUUUCUAUGAGUUUAGCAAUACUCAUGCGUCGAGUUCGAAUCCUUCACUCCUUCUCAGUUGUGUUUCUUUACUGGUUCUACGUGUUUUCAUGAAGUAAUUUCAUUCAUCUGUGUUCAAUCCCUCUCCUAAUUUUUGAUCUUUAUACUUUUCCCCUCGUUUAACUUGCAAAAACCCUAAUUAAACCAAACCUCGUACAUAGUAUCGAAACAUCUAAUCCAUUAAAAGGAAACCUUUAUUUUUCUAGAUUUGUUAGCUAAGAAAUUUGCAAACAAUGCAAAGGCAGGCAACAACUAGCUCAGGAUCGGAUUGUGAUCCGCGCUAUGCUAAUGUGGAUGAGAGGAAAAGAAAGAGAAUGAUAUCAAACAGGGAAUCAGCCAGGCGGUCCAGGCAGAGGAAGCAAAAACAAAUGGAGGAUCUGGUUAAUGAAGUGAGCCAAAUACAGAAUGAAAAUGGUCAAUUGAGACAGAGUAUCAAUGUCAACAGUCAGCGUUAUGCAGAAAUGGAAUCAGCCAACAAUGUUUUAAGGGCUCAAGCAAUGGAACUGACAGAGAGGCUUCGAUCCUUGAACUCGGUGCUUCAGCUCGUGGAGGACUACAGCGGCCUUGCGGUGGAGAUUCCUGAGAUACCAGAUCCUUUACUGAGACCAUGGCAACUUCCUUGCCCUGUGCAGCCAAUCAUGGCAUCUGCUGAUAUGUUCGAGUAUUGAUAUUGAAGCUGGAUUUGUUUUUUCUAUAUUGGUCGUUUGCUGCUGGUGUGAGACUAAAAAUAAUUUAGGCUUUUUGUUUGUGUAAUAUGUUGGUUUGGUUUGUGUAUGUCAAGUUAAUGUUGUUAUGGUGUGUCUGUUGAUGGCAGUGGUGUUGGCAUACAAUCCAGCUUCUAUUUUCUAGCAAUGUUAUAAUAUAAUGCGGUAGUCUCGGAUAUGUGGCAUUGUUCGUCAAUUUAAUGUUGUCUUGGAUUCUAAUUAUCAGAGUUCUCAUGUUAUGAGUAUGGACUGCUUAUGUGAAUGAAUUGUGUGUGUUUUUAUUUGUGCUA